AUGACGCGCCGAGCGAGCGGAAAGCUCACCCCACAAAUUCCGCUCCACCCUUGUCUAGCUUCCGAGGUACGAGAGUAACUGCCGAGCGGAACGACGACAUCAAUCUUCGCACAUCAGGGAGUGAGUAUCGAAUAUGCCGGCGCUGAAGUUUGUGAGAUCCGUCUGGGAAUCAUUCCGAGCCAACUCCGGCUUGGAGCCAAGGCUUCUAGACGGUCUCCGCGUGACCUCAGCAGUCCCAGGACGCGUCAAGUUUGAGCUAGACAUUCAGAAAGAGCAUACAAACCGCCUCAACAUCCUCCACGGCGGAACCAUAGCUAGCAUGGUCGACCUCGGCGGCUCCCUAGCAGUAGCCUCACGUGGGCUCUUCGCAACCGGCGUAUCCACCGAUCUAAACGUAACCUACCUCUCCUCCGGCGGCAAGAUAGGCGACUUGAUCAAGGCCGAGGUGACGUGUGAUAAGUUCGGGAAAACACUCGCUUUCACAUCCAUCAAUUUCAGCAAUAACAAGGGAGAGAUCUUCGCACGGGGAAGUCAUACCAAGUACGUUGCGUUGGCUUGGAAAGAUCCCAACAAUAUCGUUGAGGAGCUAUCGCCUAAGCCUGAGAAGAAGGAGUAGAGGCACAGAUACGGUGAUUAUGAUAGGUCACGGUGCAUAUCCUUUAAUAGGACAUGAUGUCUGCUCAUAGCACUAUGAAUACAUACGUCUGGUCCUGGGCCUGGCGGCCCGGGAUGAGCCGCUAUUGAAAAUCUCAUCGAAUUGUUGGAAGGUCAAACGAUGAGGUCUUUC